AUGUAUUAUUCCGUAGGUUAUGCUUCGAUAUUAACAGCGUCAGCAUCAUUAUCGUCAACAACAUGCAAGUGUGCCGGAGCUGUUCUAAUGGAUAAUCCAGUGAAAGAAAAUAAUCGAGGUGGAGUUUGUGCGUUUGUAAAUGGUGCUCCAAGAGGUUUGCUUAAUAAUGGUGCUCUUCAUUGGCCAUGGGCUACUGCCACCGGUGGAAUCCGUAAACACAUAGUUGCUUUUGAUAUUAGCAAUGAGAAGUUCAGGAUUUUACCUUUUCCAGAAGAUGUUAUGCUACGUCCAAACAAUCGUUGUAAGCUUAGGGUUUUGGGUGAUUCCCUUUGCUUAGUUUGUCUAGUCCCUGGUCUUCCAGUUGAUGUAUGGGUCAUGCAAAAUUAUGGAGUGAGAGAAUCUUGGACUAAGAAAUUCACCAGUACCCAAUUUCUUCAACCGUCAUUGGCGAAUUGGUCUUUAAAAAAUGGAGAGAUUCUAAUACAACUUCAACUAGAUUUCGCUUUAUAUGACCAAAAGAAGAACAGGAUUAGGAUUCUGGAGUUCAAUGGCAUUGACAGGUUCAACUAUCUUCUUCAAUCGGAGAGUUACAUGGAGAGCUUAGUUCCCCUAUAUUCCGGUACUUACACCACAAGCUAG